CGUAUGAAUCAGGGGAGGGAAGGCAUGAUACAGUGCUGUUCUGGUCGCGGAAAUGACGACACGGCGAUGGCGGCCCCGGGGUCUGUUCAGAGCGGAGGCAGUCGGCAUAUUAGACAGUGUGGCGCGCAGGGGAGCUGUUUUCGAGGGACCCGAGUUAUAAGAAAAGUUUCCUGCACGCUGAUAAUUAUUUAUUUAUUUUCCUUCUGAACUGUAAAGGAUUGACGGUUUUAUAUUUAUAUAUAAAGAAGAGGUAAUUCCACGAAGAUCCUGGCUUGGUGUAGAGUCGCGACGGCAGGGUCAACUCCAGCACAAUGGUGGCGGCGGACAGCAGGCGGUGUGCGGGUGGGGGAAGCUGACGACGCCCAAGCAGUGGAAUAACAGCGACAGCAACGCCAGUGACAGCAGCAGCAGGUGUGGCAGCAGGACACGGGACUGACGGCGCCGCAGUCAUGGAAUCUGUCAAGGUUGUGACUCCGCAGAAGCUGUCCGCCAUGGUCAGGAGCAGGGCGGACAAGGCCCUCAUCAUAGACAGCCGCACCUUCUGUGAGUUCAACACCUCGCACAUACUCAACUCUAUCAACGUUUGGUCGUCAAAGAUCAGGAAGAAGAGACUGCAGCAAGAUUCCAUCUCCGUGCACGACUACCUCCAGCAGGCGUGCCACGUCUCGGGCCUGCACGACGGGCUGGACAUCAUCGUGUACGACCAGAACGCCCCCUCACUCUCCGCCGUUCCCCAGGACUCGUUCCUGCACGUGCUCCUCAACAAGCUCGGGCGCGCUUUCCCCUCCGUCUACCUCCUGGCUGGCGGUUUCCUCGAGUUCCAGGCGAGAUUCCCGGAGUUGUGCGAGGACUCGAGCAAGAAGUGCACGCCCCUGACCACCCAGUCCCAGCCGUGCCUUCCCGUCUCGAACGUGGGACCCACUCGCAUCCUGCCCUUUCUCUAUCUCGGAUCUCAGCACGACGCCAACAACAAACAACUCCUUUCUGACCACAACAUCUUGUACGAGCUGAACGUGAGCGUGUCCUGCCCCAAGCCGGACUUCGUGCAGGAGUCCCACUUCAUGCGGAUCGCCGUCAACGACAACUUCAGCGAGAAACUGCUCCCUUAUUUCAAUGAUGCCUUUAACUUCAUCGACAAGGUUCGUGAGUCGGGCGGCUGCGUGCUGGUCCACUGUCUGGCGGGGAUCUCGAGGUCGGCCACGGUCGCCAUCGCUUACGUCAUGAAGCAUCUGCGACUUCCCUUUGAUGAAGCUUAUAUGUACGUGAAGACGCGGCGCCCGACCAUCUCCCCGAACAUCAACUUCGUGGGCCAGCUGGCCGAGCUGGACCGGCAGCUGCGGCGCGACGCGGGCCAGCGGGACCCGACCUCCGCGCCCAUCCUCUUCCGCAGCCACGAGUCGCACUCGUCGGGUUCGUCCACUGCCUCGAUCUCGUCCUCGGCGGCCUUCGCGUCGACCUACCUGGAGAGGCACGCGUGUUCGGGCCUCCAGAGCAACAUGCCCAAGUCGCUCAGCCUCAACCUCCGGUCGACCCUCGAGGCCGUGCCCGCCUCGCCGUCCUCCUCACCUCACUCCCCGGACAUGUCGCCCUCCUCGGCGCUCGCUCGACUCAGCUUCGCCUCCGCCCUGGACGAGCUGCACGACGACGGGCUCCCCGCCACGCCCAAGUGCCCCUCGCCCGCCACGCCCAUCUCGUGUCUACCUCCUUCCUCUCCCGCCACGGCGAUCGUCCGCGACUCCAAUAGUUCCCCGGUCUUCUCCUACAGAAAGACUUCUAGUUCUUCACCCACGUCCCCUGCCUUCAGCUCCUUCUACAAGAGCAAGGAGGUGUCUAGUCGGACUAGUAGUGACUACAGAAGUGAGGCUAAGAUUACGUCUUUAAAAGAAAGCUUUACAUCUAGUGAUAGCAUUAAGAGUACAAGCGGGUCAACCAGCAAUUAUUACAGUAGUGCCACCUUUAAAGUGGGGGCGGCCGAGGCAGGGAGAGGGGUGGGGGGAGACGCGAGAGGGAGAGAGGAAAAGAAAGUGAGCAAUACGUCCUCUUCCUCCUCCUCCUCCUCCUCCUCUUCCUCCCGGCGGUGCAGUGACGGCGAGGCGCGGCAGGUUUCUGUGUGUGUGAUUGACGUGAAAAGAGAAAAGUCGCCGGUCAGCUUCGUCCGCCGAGAGCCGCUGGUUGUGCGUGAAACUCAGGUCAUUGCCACGCCGUGUCAUGUGAAGCCCGAGGUCAGGUCUGUGCUGGAGGUGCAGCUCGAGGACGGCCGGCAGAAGGAGGAGCACAUCACGGUCAAGGAGGGGACGAGAAAGACGGCCGAGGAGAAAACCUCCAAAGAGAACAACAAGAAGAAUCAGGAAGACAAGAAGGAGGCGCGCGAGGAGUCGGUUCUGACCAUCGAGAGCUGCCGGCCGCCGCCGAAGGAGGAGGCUCCGGCGCGGCCGAGGGAGGUCAUCGUGCCCAUCCAGAUCGCCGGCGCCAGGGAGGGCCGGCCGCGCGUGCUGGAGCUGAGCGUCCCCUUCAGCGGCCAGAAGCAGCAGAAGGCGCAGCAGAGCCAGCCGCAGCCCGCCACCACCGCGUCCACCGCCUGCACUACCAAAGUACCUGGAAGCGGAGUCUGGUUGCCCGAGAGCCCCAGAGAAGCAUCAGUCGCCGGUCCGCCCACGGCAGCCACGCCCAACUCGCCUCACUCGCCGGGCGUGCAGCAGAGUGACUCAGGAAUCAUCGUGGAGGAGGAGAGAGGCGAGAUCCCGCCCAGCCCGCAGCGCCUCCCGCGAUGCUACUCCUCCAGCGAGACGCACCUCAACACGCGCAGGCUGCUGGAGCACCGCAACCCGGACUUCACCGCCCGAAAGUGCUCCAGCUACGACGAGGUGGGCCGGGCGUGGCCCCACAGCCAGCACCCUCAGCCGCACCAGCAGGGCGUGGGGCGCGAGAGCACGACCUGGCUGUGCCCCUGGGAGCUGGCGCGCAGUGACAGCGUCUCGACCAGCGGCUUCGGCUCGGAAAUCUCAGACACGGAUCUCCUGCACGACGACGCCCACUCCACCACGACCCAGGAGGACGCCCUCGGGCCCUACGACGCGGUCUUCGCCGACGUGUUCCCGGGGGAGCAGGUGCCGAAGCAGCAGCCCACGACGCCCAAGACCCCGCGGCCCGCGAGCCUCCCCGGGGUCACGGGGGCCUACUUCUCGCACUUCGAGUCAAGCGCGGACCCCGGCUUGGACAUGGGAGUCGACAUGGGACCCGGCAGCGUCGAGCUCCGGCACAGCGGCAGAGGGCGGCUGGGGAUCGAGAAGAAGGACUCGGGCUAUUACUCCUUCCUGACGGAGCACCCGCCCGUCAGCCCUCGUACCAUGGGCGAGGGCGUGAGGCACACGACCACAGAUGUGCCCUGGCCAAAGGAACGUCCACGAGAUCUGCGGCUCCAGAUAACUACCCUCUCUGGACCCCACGUUCACGACACCCCAAAGAUCACCACCACUAUCCCCCGGACGCACGCACCUACUCACACCUCUUCGGGGGACGCCAGAACCUCUCCGGAAAAGCGUAUGACUCCCGAAAAGAGGAAAAGCCGGGGGAGUAGCACUGAAGAGAAUGAGGAAAAGCGCAGGAGCUGUGAGGUGGAGGCUCACCAAUGGACACCGCCUCGACAGACCAUCAACAUAGGCUCAGGUGUUCGGAUGGCACAGGAACUACUUCGCGGUGUGGAACAGCUGCUGGACUCUGAGAUGGGUGAACUGAGAAGGCGAACAGCUGCAAUGUCCUCGCGUUUGAGGUUUUUGGGUCGAAGUGAUGCUUCCUCUGACUGCACAAGCAACAUUAGUAGCCCAAGUAGUACUUCCAGCAGUGGGAACAGUAGCAACAGUGGCAUGAGUGGUAGCAGUAGCGACAACAGCCCAAAGGUUCACACUACACACAUCAUUGUCACCACACUGGAAGACGACCAGCCGCAGGAGGAGAAGUCAGUGCGAGGUUUGAAGACUGGUCCCUUGCAUGGAGAAUCUGAUCACAUGCCAGGGACUCUAGGAACUGGACGAGCUCGAAGUGAACCUCCUUUUGCGGGUGAAGAAGGCCUUUAUCGCGCCCGGUCAUGCCCAGGACUGCCAAGACCCACAGGAACGUCAGAAGGCAAUGAAACAGUUGCCGCCUUAGUCUCAGAUUUACAGUUAGUGCGCCUCCGUGGCUCUCGUCCUCAGGCAUCAAGAGAAAAAUUCUUUAAUCGAUAUUCUUGCGGAGCUUUAGAUGCUCAGCAAACAACAUCUGCUUCAGCAUUUGAGUCCUGUCCAGACUUUGGCAACCUUCGUCCCUGUGUGCGUGAGGGUGACUCCAUCCAUUCCUCAUCCUCCUCCAUCUCUUCAACUCACUCUUCUUUCACGCGCCUCCUGCAAGUGUCAUGAGUCAUCCUCAAGAUAGCAAAGUUCAAGUGUAUAUUACUUAUAACGGGGUGUGAAAAUCUAGUGCAACAUGUCUUGGUGAGCAUGAAAGCCAUCAAGUUUAAUUUGUAGUUGUAAUUUAUGAAAAAAAGUUUUAAGCCAGUACAGGAUAGAACCUUCAGGUAAAAUUAAGUACCAGAUGUGACUGAUACUUGGCAGCUUGUGCAUGGACCUUGGGUGUUGUUGAAGCAGAUAAGCAGAUAAUUACAUGUGUUAGUGGUGGCAAUGUUAUGCUGUAAAAGCCAUCCUUGUGACUAAACAUGACCCGUUCCUAAAUGUAAGACUUAAUAAGUGCCGCAGAUUAGGUUGAAUAUUACCUGAAAUAUACCACUUGGUGAACACUUUAGUUCAAGAUGCUGGCACACACAUGUAGAUUUUUCUCUGUAUAGUGGUGAGGGCCCCUACACACUAGUCGCAUGCGGAACUGGAGUAGAGAAGCAAGCUUGUAUGAUAAUGAGGAUAUGAAUAUUAUUUUAUUUUAAUAUUUUCAUAGAUAACCUGAUUUGUACAUUGAUAAAAAUGUAGAGAAUUAAUGUUAUAUAAUCAAUAUUGAUGAUGCAUUCAAGGGUAUGUUAUGGAUAUUUUGUUCAAUUAUUCAUACUAAUAUAGCAUUACUACUAUGAAGAAUUGAAGUCAUACAGGUAAUCACACAGGUAACUUAAAAUAAAGUGUAAGAGAGUACAGGUGACUUCUCUGGCUCUAAUGUUGUGGUUUGCAAAUAUCCUCACUUGUUACUUAAUGUUCUACCAGUUUAUUGGGAGGGGCCCCAUGUGUUACAUGUAAAUACCUAGAAUAUAUUUGAAUCACUUUAAAUUAUUAAACUUCAUUGGACUUACCUUAUAGACUCAGGCAGCAAGCAGUACAUAUAAUGCUGAUGUUGUAUAUAGAUACCUAGAUUACUAAUUUUAACAGUAUGGUAAUCCACUAAGAUGACUUAGUUGACAAGACAUGACUGACUGGAGGUGGGAAUAAGACAAAUGAUUAGCCAUAAAAGAAAGAAAAAAA